CCAAACUCCUGACUGUAUUGUUACAAGUAUAUAUAAACAUUUUUCCUUAAUUCUAAUGUUAAUGGUGUAGAAAACCGAUUACUCGCGGUCUACUCGAGUUUAGAAGGGUGACAUAUUUUCUUCAGGAAAAGGAAGGGAUAAAAGGAUAUGUUAACAAUGUUCACUCUCACAUUCACACUCACAUUCAUUACACUCAAUUCUUAAGCCUAUCUUAUAUCUAAUAUGUAUUUACAUUUCACCUUAUUCUAUUGUUAAUAAGAAGGGAUUUGAUUUCUCGCGAAGGAAAAGGAAAAGGGGAAUAUAAGGAUAUAAGGACAAUCAGACACGAAGAUCGAUAACUUUUAGGAAGACAUAUAUUUGGGACAUGUAAUCAAGGUCUAACCGAGCCAACACAUCUCUCACCGGCACAUUGGGCUGCCUUCCUCUAGCCCGAAGAGAGUUUUCUAAAUUCGAUCUGGCAACAAGAUACUCCUCGCACGACCAAACAACGUGUUCGAUGUCGUGGUAACCUUGGCCACAGGCACAGAUAUUGCUGUCGGCGAGAUCAAAACGAAAGAGUAGCGCGUUUAACGAACAGUGAUUGGACAUGAGUCGGGAGAAGGUGCGAAUAAAGUCCCGACUCAAGUCCAGACUUUUGAACCAUGGUUUGAGGCUAACCUUAGGGAUAAUUGAGUGGAGCCACCGGCCCAAUUCAUCUUCGUUCCACUUACUUUGCCAGUUAGCGAUGGUAUUUUUACGGACUAAAGAAAAAAAUUCAUUGAAGGCGAUUUGACGCUGAUAAAUAUCGCCUUCAAUUGCACCUACCUUUGCCAAUGAGUCAGCCCUCUCAUUACCCGGAAUUGAGCAAUGUGAAGGGACCCAGACAAAGGUAAUGACAUAACAGCGUCUGGUUAAAGCACUCAAAAUUUCUCGUAUUCUCUCAAGGAAGUACGGCGAGUGCUAGUUAAGUCACCAACCAUCUGGCCAGCAACGGACCACCCGCGAAGCGAUAAUUCAUUAUCAACAAACUCCAGACAUCGGACCACUCAGCCACAUCACAUCAUAAACAAUCUCACGACCCAAGAUCCAAAUAAACAAACAUUUCCAUUAUUUGCCAUAAUGCAGUAUUUAGCGAUAGGACUAGAAUCAGGGCACAGCGAGAUUAUGGUGCCUAUUCUGUAUUCCGACGGAUUUCUAUUUCGUUCGAAAGUGAUAUUUCGAUCGUUUUCGAAUUUACCAUUCCCUAUUCCAAUCGUUUUGCUCGUUUCGAACGAAAGUGUUACAAAAUUUCGAAUAUGCAUCGAUCUGUCAAAAACCGAUAAACAAAAAGAAACACCGUAUUAAAUAGCGGCGAGUGCGAGUUGAAUUUCAGUUAAUUUUUGAUCCUAAGAGAAAUUUGUGAGAAAAUUUUCUCGUUCAAUGGAUUCCGUUUUGUUACCGAUUUUGGCGGAGCAAGAAGAAAUUGGAAUGCCUUGCUACCAUCGGCGAAACCACCGAAAAUCAACCGACUUCAUGAAACUUUCUGAUGAAGCAUUCAUCAAAAGUUUUCGUCUAAGUAAGGAAGCUUUUCGGUACGUUUUAGAGGAAAUUGAGAACUGCCUUACCACAAGGAAAGGUGGUCUAUCCACGGAGGUGAAACUCGCAGCAUGUUUGCGAUUCUUUGCUGAAGGAAAUUAUCAACAUGGAGCAGGGCAAGAUUAUCACAUUGCCAUAGCACAGCCCACAUUUUCCAAGGUGCUGACUGAAAUGCUUAACAUUCUGGAGCGGACACUGUGUAAGAAAUGGAUUUCCCUAAAUAUGACGGAAGACGAACAGCGGCGUGCUAAACUACACUUCUAUCAGAAAACAUCAAUUCCGGGUGUUAUUAUGUGUUUGGAUGGAACCCACGUAAAAAUUAUUCCACCUAAGCUGAAUCGAAAUUUGUUUUUUAAUCGGAAGGGAUUUUAUAGUCUCAACGUUCUGAUUGUUUGUGACGAUCAGCAAAGGAUUCGUUUCGUUGAUCCUACCUUCCAGGGAUCUAAUCAUGACUCUCAUAUAUGGCGUGUAAGCCCUGCAAGAACUCACUUUGAGCAGCUUCACCAAAAUGGUGAAGUUAAUACUAAGAUUCUAGGUGAUGCUGGUUAUCCAUCGGAACCUUGGUUAGUAACGCCAUUCAGAGCAGCGGAGGAAGGGAGUUUGGAGCGAUUUUAAUCGCAGGCAUGCCUUGGGUCGUGCUAUCGUCGAGCGGACAAUCGGUUUACUAAAAAAUCGGUUUAGAUGCAUCCUUGGCGCGAGACAACUUCACUACAAUCCUACUAAAUGCGCUCAAAUUAUAAAUGUAUGCUGUGCACUUCACAAUAUAUGCUUAGAAUUUGGUCGUUCUCAGUAGUUAUAAUAUGUUAUGCAGCUGUUUACAUAAUAAACUUUUGUUUAAAUUAAUAUUUAUGACUGUUAAAUUUCAUCUAACUUGUUUGCAAAUGCUCAAAUAAAUAACAACCACCGGAAAAGGAAGUGUCUUCCUUACUUAACUAUGGUUUCGGCAGAAUUAUUUACUCUUAUUCCUGCCAACACUUUGAGAACAUGUCAUUAUCGAUUUCUCGUAAGCAGGCCAAGUAUUCAAAUAACCAUUAUUAAUACUUUUUGCGUUGUUUUAACCCCUUGCUGUACGAUUUAAUUUCCAACAGCACGGCCCAAAACGAGCACUUCGAGUCGUUCCGCUACUCUGCUGAGUGUGGGUAUCUAACAUGGGUGCCCUAUGAUGAGCAAAUACAUGUUGUGUUUAAAAUAAAAACGAAGGAGUUAUUACUACGUACUAACUCGUUCGUUUUUAUUUUAAUUAUAAUAUUCAAAUUAUAUUUUAUAUUUUUAGCUCAUUCAAUUUUUUUUUUAAAUAACGGAAAUUUGAUAAUCUUCAGUUGUCGGUAUCCUCAUCAUAUGCCUGAAGCUAUGUAAUUAUUUCACAUCGAGAAACAACGAGUGAAGUUCAAUGUUGUACGUGAAGGGGUUAAGGAAGUUCCAUAAACUAUAGGCGAAAUUCGUGAAUUUUAAAAAAGUUUAUAUAAUUUUGAUGCUAUUCCAAACAAACUUCAAAGAAAAAAUUAAGUAAGAUUUUUCUUCCAUGGAAAGAUAUAAAAAUACGAUUAGAACUUUUUUCAUUUUUUUAUACUUGAGUUACAAUAUAAAGAUAAAAAAUCAGAUCACUGAUAUUUUGAAACAUUAUUCUAAUGUUCUGAAAUAUACGCAAUCUGCGUUUCAAGGAUUUGUCGCUAUUGAUUUCUCCAGCGCGAUCUUCUCCAUCUCGUGGUUAUGUCGUUUUUGUUCACUCAGAUGUUCUUUGAGUGUGGCAUCCACGGAAAGAAUCGCUCGAGCUGAUUGGCGCUGAUAAUGAACCAGAUCACUCAAAUUCUUGUUUGUGUUUUUUAACAGGGAUUUCACAUUGGUGUGAAAUUUGUUUUGUUGCUCGACUUGCAGCUCUAAUAGCCUCGUGGUAGAAGGUCUGGAUUUUUUCGGCUGAGAGGGCUGGAAGUGAAUGGUAUUAUUGAUACCGUCACACUCGUCGGAAGUACCAUAAUAUAUAAAAUUUUCCUGGUCUGCAGCUUGAGGUUCACCCGAAGGCGAACCCAACUGUGUUCCAUGAGAUGAGGUACCCGGGAUUCCUUCCACGGUCGCAAGUAACCCAGUUAGUAGAACUGCCUGCUCCUCCAGCUCGGACAAAUUGAUAAUUUUAUUGGGUCCUCCACCUGUCGCCCUCUGCUCCCGUUUGUUGUGAGCGAGUUUUCGCUUUAAUCCGGACUUAUAGUCCGCCCAAACCUACACAGAAAACCAGGGCAAAAAUAAGACUAUAAACAUAUGUUUCGGAUUCGUUUUAGUAUAUACCUUUUUCCAUCCACUUCCAUCGCGAAUAGGCGGUCCCAAACUAUUGACUUCUGCCGCCAGAUCAUCCCAGAAGGGUCCGGAAUUUCCUCGGGAGAAACCCUUUGCUAUGUCCGGCUCUUGCUCCAGAAGCAGCACAAUCCGCUCGAACUGAUUUUUAGUGGUUGUUUUGUUUUUGUUUUUUUCCCUGUUGAACGUUAAAAUUAAUUUAAAGAAAAAAAUGAUUAAAAAUUAGCUUACAUUUUUGCAGUUCACCGCUCAUCCGCUGCGGAAAUUAUUCACUCCUUCAUAAACAAAGUGGGUUUGACGUUUGGUUUGAUUCGAAUGAAAGAUGUUCGAAAACAAAACAGUCCGAACGAAAGGUAUUCGAAUUUGAAAACACCUCGAACGAAACAGGGAAUGGAAUUUACCAAGUCGUUCGAAAUAUUUCGAAUCGAUUGAAAUACAGAAUAG